UUUAAGUCCGUAAACAUGAACACCCCCCUGGAUUUUUACGUGUAAGUUGUAACAUAGGAAACGGAUCGAAGAUCAUAGCGAGAGUCAUAUAAGCUCUUUCUCUUCUUUAUCUUCUUCUUCUUUUUGACAUGAAGAAACAUUUACUAAAAUCAAUAACAAAACCACCAGCACCAGCACCAGCACCACCGAUCCUCAACCCACCACAACCACCGCCGCAACCAAACCCAUCUUUUUUCCCUCCCACACUCUCUCCCACCCAACACUACACCCACUUCCUCCAAUUCCUCAACACUCAUCUCACCCCUCCACUCACCCCACAAACCCUAACCCAUUUCCUCAAAUCAAAGCUCCACCACCACCCUUCUUUCACUCACUACGAUUUUCAUCUCUUCAAUUGGGCGUCAACCCUCGACACUUUCUCUCACAAUCACACUUCAUAUGAAUGGAUGACACGCACCCUCGCUAUCUCUCAUCGUUUCUCUCUCCUCCGUACCCUCCUCAAUUUCAUCUCCUCCAACCCUUGCACUUGCUCCCACGCCAUUUUCUCUUGCCCCAAAACUGAAUCCAUUUUCCGUUUUGCAAUUCAUGCUUACUGUAAAGCUUCCAAAUUUGAUGACGCCCUUUUUGCAUUUAACUGUAUGAGGAGGUUAAUUGAUGGAAAGCCGAGUGUUUCUCUUUGUAAUAUUUUGAUUCAUGGGUUUGUUAAAUCUGGUAGAUUUGAUAGAGCUUUUGAGUUUUAUAAUGAGAUGGUUAAGGAUAGAGUUAAGCCUGAUGUUUUUACUUUUAAUAUUUUGAUUAGUGGUUAUUGUAGGAAUUUUAAGUUUGGUUCUGCAUUGGAGAUGUUUGAUGAAAUGCGGAAAAUGGGGUGUCAUCCAAAUGUUGUUACUUUUAAUACUUUGAUUAAAGGGUUGUUUAGGGAAUGUAGAGUUGAUGAAGGGAUUGGAAUGGUUUAUGAAAUGAUUGAAUUGGGGUGUCAACUUUCCAAUGUCACUUGUGAGAUUUUGGUUGAUGGGCUUUGUAAGGAAGGUCGGGUUUCGAAGGCGUGUGAGUUGUUAAUGGAGUUAUCUAAGAGAGAGGUUUUGCCUAAAGGAUAUGAUUAUUUUGUCUUGGUGGAAGUUUUGUGUGGGAAUGGAGAUGCUUUUAAAGCUUUGGAUGUUAUUUAUGAGUUGUGGAGUAAAGGUUGUGUUCCUAGCUUAAUUUCUUGUAUUGUGAUGAUUGAUGGUUUGAGAGAAUUAGGGAAGACAGAUGAGGCAAUGAGAUUGGUGGAAAAAAUGCUUAAAGAGGAGGGCAUGGUACUUGAUGUUGUGACUUUCAAUUAUGUCCUUCAAGAUCUUUGCGAUGCGGGAAGGACUGAAGAGGCCAAUAGGUUAAGAUUACUGGCUUCGAGCAAGGGUUUGGAACCCGAUUGCAUGACUUAUAAAAUUCUGGUUACUGGGUACAGAGGAGAGGGAAAUCGAACGGAUGGAGAGUUGGUAGUAAAUGAAAUGUUGGAUAGGGGGUUUAUACCUGAUCUUGCUUCAUACAAUAAGCUGAUGGAUGGACUCUCUAAUUGUCAACGCCUGAGGCGUUAUCAAAUGAACAAAAUUGGCAGCUGAAAAUGCAAACAAGAUGAGAUCUCACUUUGUUUUCAAGUAUGAUUCUUGCUUGGCCUGAGACGAUUGUGGAAUGACUGAGAAGUGAGCCUAUAAAAUUGUGAAAUGAUAAAUACAGGUUGUUUUGCACAACAAUGAAGAUAGCUUGCAAGUUCACUUUGAAGAUGUGUGACUAGUAUUUGCUGCUGGUGUGCAUUGGCUGGAACCCUUCCCUGAGAUUGUUCGACAGUGUGAUGUGCGGUUUCCUGGUGCCUCCUAAUUGGAUUGUCCGUUGUUUGAGUUAUCAUUUGCUACCAAGUGUUCUUGAGGUGUCGGAUCUGAGUACGAUGAUUCUCAAUUUUUAACUGCUGCAGCUUAUGUGCCUUUUUUUUCCUGAGCUUAUGUGCUAAUUUGUUGCAAUGUAUCUUGUUUCCUCUGAACUAGAGUGCCCUUUGUUGAAGUUGCUUUUUGUUGUUGAACCUGAGAGGUGCCCAUUUGUUGACAUAGGUUGACCUGUUCUUGCUGGUGUGCAUUAGUUGGCUUCAUUCCCUAAGCUUGAGUGACAGGGUUUUGCAUUGUGUCCUGUUUCCUCUGAAAUAGAGUGUCCGUUAUUUGAAUUGCAUUUUGAUGCUAAACCAUAGUUUAUUCCAGUUGUUGAAUUAUGUUGGAAUGUUCUUGCGGAUUGAGUGCAUUGGUUGAGUUCAUUCCAUUAGCUUGGUAAUCAUUUUUCUACCUGGUGUCCUUUUUAUUAGCUGGAAUGUUCUGCAUUUGAGGUGAUAUUUGAUGUUGAACCUGCAUCGCUUCCAAUUGUAGGUUCUCAAGCUCCUUUCUUGUUGCCUGUAUAUCGUUAUUGCCUGCAGUGCAGCCACCACACUGUUUUCUUUGAAUGUACUAGAUGUGUCCAUUGUGGAAUGGAGAUGAGUGAGAGAUGCAAUAUCCUCCUUGGGGUUCUCACAAGCUCAAGUAUAAAGAUGCUCAUAAAACAUUAGGCUCCGCGGAUCUUAUGCAUGCUGCUUGAUGUGGACCAAUCCUAGUGAAGACUACGGAAUUUUAAGAGCUAACAGUGUAAAGGAUAUUGAUUAGGGAAUAGCUGAAAGCUAAAGGCAUUAUUGAAGCUACAAGUUGUUAGUUUUCUUAGUCUUGAAUCAUGUGACAAGAUUGGUUCGCAUUAUACUAAUCUUUUGAUCAUAGAAUUAGUAAAGACUUUCUUUUAAUUUUGGGAUUUAAUAAUCAUUACAUUUUUAUAAGAAAUUAUGUCUGUUUUGUAUGCUGAAGCAUUUAGUAGCAUAUGUUGCAGCUUAGGCACCAUGAUUAUUUUAAGUAAAAUGUAGCUUAGACAUCAUAUCUUUAUGUUAUAAUGUCUUUAUUUUAGACUA